UCCGUCCCGUGUGAAAAAACCCCCUGAAACCCUUCGUUACCUUCUCCGGUUCUUUAAAAAACGCUCAAAGAAACGCUAACUCUAGAAAGAGAGAAAGAAAAUGCUUGAUGACAAGAAUCCGCUACCAGAAAUUCCUGCCAUCCAAGAACGACAAGCAGAAGAAAAAGAGCUCCUUCUUUUAAAAGAAACCAUCACCAUGGACUCCUCCUUUAAUGACUAUCCCACCACCAGCACCACCACUUGCUUCUCCAAUCUUUGCCUCACUAAUGACCCUCCUUGCUUCUCCUGCGGUUGCAAUGGAAACUCUCUCACCGGCACCUCCUCUGCCUCUCUCAAACGUCCCUCCUCUGAAACCAACACUCUCCAACCCUGUUCCAAGAAACCCAACCUUAAACCCACCUCUCUCUUCGGCUUCUCCAAGAUUCCUCUGCCCUCGAAACCGGCUUCCAACACAUCUCCGAGCAAUCCUUUUCUCCGACGCUGCAAUUCUGAUCCGUGUGACCCACUCCCUACCCAAGUAUCGGCUAAAACACCUCAGUCUCCCCAGUCACAGAACCCCAAUAUAGCGUCCCCUGGAACUCCGUUAUCGACGUCCAAGUUUCCGCCUAUUCCUUCCACUUUACAGCGGUCGGUGUCAGACCCAAAUCCGUCUCCAGCCCCUACUUUUUGCAGUUCAUGCGACAGGGUGGGAGAGUACGCUGUUCGAAAUGCAAAGUGGGCGAGAAAAUUUAAUCAUUGUAUGAAAGAAAUGACUCGAAAAUGGGAGGAACUGCUCGGUUUUGAAGAAGAUAAGGGCAGACAAGAGAAGCACAACCAGAAUGACAGCAACAGCAUUGAGAAUAGCAAUAGAAAUAUGGAUAAUUGUGAGGAAGAUUGUGUUGAAGCUGUGAUAGUGGAGAAGGCUGGGGAGUGUUUGAAUAUCCAUUUGAAGUGCCCUUGUGGCAAAGGCUGUCAGAUUCUACUCUCUGAGAAAAACUGUUACUACAAGCUCAUGUAGACUAUUAAUCAAUCAACAACGAGUGACCUCAUCAUUACUUUGUUUCGUUUUGCUCAUGGUUUAGAUUUCACUAGGUCUUUCUUUUUGUACAAUCUUUUGAAGAUGGAUUGAGUUCUCAUAAUUCUGAGAUUUUUUAUGCCAUUUAUAAUAAAGCUUCCUUUACUACUGAUAA